AAGCAACGUGUGCGCGAGAUCGUUCUGUCGGCGGCCAUUGCUUCCUUUUCCGUUCGGCGCUGUCGAAACAUUCAGCAAGAUGGUACAGCGCCUAACCUAUCGACGACGUCUGUCGUACAACACCAAAAGCAACAGGAGACGAGUAGUUCGUACUCCUGGAGGCAAAUUAGUGUAUCAGUACCUAAAAAAGCCGAAGAAGAUCCCCAGGUGUGGACAGUGCAAAGAUAAACUCAGAGGUAUCCAACCUGCGAGGCCAAUGGAACGUUCUCGUAUGUGUAGGCGGAAGAAGACAGUCAAGAGAGUGUACGGAGGUGUUCUUUGCCACAAAUGCGUUAAAGAGAGGAUUGUCCGAGCAUUCCUCAUUGAAGAACAGAAAAUUGUGGUCAAAUUAAUUAAGACACAGCAAGCAUCGGCAAAGACAAAGAAGACCGAAAAAUAAUUUCUUGAAAUACAUUAAUUGAUAAAUAAAAUAUUUAAAAAAUUUCAA